GCACGUACGUCGUUGCAAUUGUGGGCGUGAGACGUAGAAAUUGUACGUAGUGUGCUCACAGCAGUUGUGUGUGUUCUUCCCCUGUGUUAACGCUGUGCAUUGAAGAAGUCGGAGGCAUCGAUAUCUGGAAAACCCGCCACAUAACACAAAAGAAACCACUGAAGCUGAUGGACGUCCGUCCGAAACGUUCUCAAGAAACUGGGGCCAUGGGUAAGAAGCAGAUGGGCAAGUCCAAAAAGGAGGUGUCUGAACCCGAGGAAUAUGUGGUGGAGAAGGUCAUGGAUCAGCGUGUGGUCAAUGGAAAAGUGGAGUACUUCCUCAAAUGGAAAGGGUUCUCAGAUGCUGACAACACCUGGGAGCCGGAGGAGAACCUGGACUGUCCCGAGCUGAUCGCAGCCUUCCACACAGCCCAGAAGGGAGUGGUGGAGAAGCCCGACUCAAACAAGAGGAAGCCCUCCACAGACGAGCCAGAAACAGAAGAGAGCAAGGCCAAGAAGAAGAAAGAGAGUGAAAAACCACGGGGGUUUGCCCGGAACCUUGAGCCCGAGAGGAUCAUCGGUGCAACAGACAGCAGCGGGGAGCUUAUGUUCCUGAUGAAAUGGAAAGAUUCUGAUGAAGCAGAUCUGGUACCGGCACGAGAGGCAAACACACGUUGCCCUCAGGUUGUCAUCUCAUUUUAUGAGGAGCGCCUCACCUGGCACUCCUGCCCUGAAGAUGAGCAGCAGUGAUGCGCACGCGCGCCACACACACGCACGCACGCAGACACACACACACACACACACACACACACCAACUCUACUUUUAUUUUCUUGUUUUAGUUUUUGCAUACUUGAAGCUAUGGUAACUUCUGUGUUUGCUGUAUAAUGUCUUUGUAAAUAUUUGUUUUUCAAAACAACGCAAUAAAGGUUUAUAUUACUCGUA